CGAGCUCGGCCCGCAGGCUCGGGGGCAGAUCGCUCCGGCGGGGCCGGGAGGCAGCGGGGAGGUGCGGGCUGUGCCUCGCCUCGCCUCGCCCCGCCGGCAGCCCCCGGCACUCCCCGGACGUGCUAUCUCCGCUACCGCCCAGGCGGGCCCCAGCGCUGCCGCCGCGACCCUCAGGAGCACCGAGGCUUCUCCUGGGCCUGGUGCCCGUCGGUGCUUCUGUCUUGCUUUACCACGGCUCGGUAUUGCAGGGAGGAGAGUAAAUCACUGGCUCUGGUUGAGGAUUCAGAAUGGGAGACAAGCCUAUCUGGGAGCAGAUUGGAUCCAGCUUUGUACAACAUUACUACCAACUUUUUGAUGCAGACAGGACUCAGUUAGGAGCAAUAUAUAUUGAUGCAUCAUGCCUUACGUGGGAAGGACAGCAGUUCCAGGGCAAAGCAGCCAUUGUUGAAAAACUCACUAGCCUCCCUUUCCAAAAAAUACAACACAGCAUCACAGCACAAGACCACCAACCUACACCUGAUAGCUGUAUACUCAGUAUGGUAGUGGGACAGCUUAAGGCUGAUGAAGAUCCUAUCAUGGGAUUCCACCAGAUAUUUCUAUUAAAGAACAUCAACGAUGCCUGGGUUUGCACCAAUGACAUGUUCAGGCUAGCACUGCACAACUUUGGCUGAGCUGCCCAUCCCGAGGCACCCGGGCUUUUAUUUUUAUUUUUUCUUUUUUUUUUUCCCCUUUAUUUUUUUCCUUUUUUUUCUUUUUUUUUUUUGUUUUUUUCCUCCUCUCCUCUUAACUGGUAUUACUCACACUCACGGAACAUUCCAAAUAUCAUACACAAACCUGCAGCACUGCAGAGCGUGAGCAAGCAAGACUUGUGACCUGCCCUUCUGCUGAGUUUACAUUGUCACUAGAUGAGUUUCUUGUGCAUGAUGUUUGGAAGUUAGACUUAGCUGCAUUUGAUAAGAGAAAUUUGUGUUGUACCAGCAUGCCUCGGAAAGAAUUUAUAAUGCAAAAGGUUGUUGUUUAUGUACUGACAAGAUGCUCUAUAACCCAAAGAAAUGAAAGAACAGCAGCCUGUACAGCCCAGUUAUUGAUUUGUUCAGAUGUUUCAAUGCUACAUUACACAAUAAAACAGAGAUUUUCUUAAAAGUUUAAA